AUGUUGAAACAAGGUAGGCCUCAGCAAGUUCAACUUGCCAUCCCACCAAUGCUCAUCAUCACUGGUGCGAUACUACUGCUACUACUACUGCUGCUGGUUCAUCAUUCUGAUGUUGUGGUUCAUUCCGAAAUUCUUCCAGCCUCUCAAAAGAUUAAAAACUAUUUACAACAACAUCGUUCCGAUGUUAAGAAUUUAGAAACCUUCCAACGAUGGGUCCGAUACGCUUCUCUACCCGAACAUGAAAAAGAUAUUCAGCUUGAUAUUGCCAAAUAUUUGAAGGAGGAACUCCAUUUCAACAAGGUUGAUAUUUGGACCAUGGAUCAACAAAAGGUUGAAUUGGAAAAUAGCAAAUUCUUUAAUACUCCUCGUAAUUUUGAUUCUUUGAAGAAGAGUCCUAUUGUGGUUGGAGUCUUGGAUGGAACAGCUCCAGAAGAUUUGGUAGAGACAACACAAGAAGGAUCCAUUCAAAAUGUUGCAUCCACUAAAUUUAAGCCAUACAAAUCUCUCAUUAUUAAUGGACAUAUUGAUGUCGUUCCAGUGGGUGAUCCAAAACAAUGGUAUUUAGAAAAUCCAUUCAGUGGUCAUAUUAAUGAUUCCAAGAUUUAUGGACGUGGAACGACCGAUAUGAAAGGAGGUCUCUAUUCUGGUUUAUUGGCCAUUGAAGCUAUUCAAAAAUCUCUCGGUGUCACCAAUAUGAAAGGUAAAAUUAUUGUUCACAGUGUCGUUGAGGAGGAAAGUGGUGGCGCUGGUACUGUGAGUACCAUCCUGCGUGGUUAUGGACAUGCAGAUGCAGGUAUUUUUCCAGAGCCAUCGAAUUUCUUAAUCUUUCCUCAACAACAAGGAUCUUUGUGGUUCAGAAUUACUGUCUAUGGAAAGAGUGCACACGGUGGUACCAGAUAUGAUGGAAUUAGUGCCAUUGAAAAAUCACAAAUUGUCUUGAAUGCAAUCAAAAAGUUGGAAGAUGAAAGAACCGAUCUCAUUCGAAAUGUGCUCAAGAAUAAGCUGUUCGAAAAUAUUACAAUUCCUGUUCCAAUCAACGUUGGAGUUAUUAGAGGAGGUGAAUGGCCAAGCUCUGUACCUGAUUUUACUGUGAUUGAAGGAAGAUUUGGCAUUAUUCCAAAUUAUGAAACUGUCGAGGAUGCCAAACAAGUGUUGCAUGGUUUGGUUUUCAAGACCAUUCCUGAACUUGAUAAGGCACACUUCUCUGCUUAUCCUUGUAAAUUAGAAUUUAUUGGUGCUAGUUGGGUUCCAGGAUAUGUUCCAUUGGAGCAUGAAUUUGUGAGUCAGUUAUCAAGAUCAUUUAGCGAGGUCAUGGGUCAAAAUCCAAUCAUUGCUUCAAGUCCUUGGGCAACUGAUGCAGGUUAUGUGAACAUGAUGGGAAAUACGCCUUCCGUAGUUUUUGGACCUGGUGUCACACACAUGGCUCACCAAACCAACGAGUACAUUCCAAUUGAUAAUAUUUACAAGGCAGCUGAGAUUAUUGCUUUGACCAUUGUUGAGUGGUGUGGUGUUUGA